AUAACAAGUUGUGUUUUUUGAGUUGAUGUGACGCUGCUGCCAACUCUUUUGACUUGCCUAAUCACUCUUCAGAGCAAUAUGGUAGAUCUCUCGCUUAUAUUCCGCAUCAUCAACAUUGUAGUGGGAUGCUUAAUGAUCAUUGGUGGUGCAGGCACCAUUGUCGUUGGCGGAUUUCCCAACUUUAUCCAAGGAAUUUAUUGCAUCCUUCUUGGUAUCAUGGCAGGCGUGUUUGAGUUUCAAGUUCCAGGGCAGGUCGCACAGUUUGCUUCCUUUAUGUUUUCUUUCCUCGGACGCGGUAUCUUUUAUAUUUUCAUCGGUUGCAUUACGAUGAAUUGGAAUUUACUCUCGCUUAUUUGCGGUAUCAUUAUCGCUGUCAUUGGAGUAGCUUACGUUGUUCUCCACUUUGUACCUGCCGUUGAGCCGCCCAGUAACAUGAGAUACGAGACAUAUGAACAAUCCAUGGGACGGUCGGUCACGCAUGCUGUGGAUCCAGCCUCGGAACAAUCCCAGAAAACCCAAUUGCCCGAAGCCGCUGUGGUAUAGAUUUAAAAAUAUCCAUGCACCGUCUCUAUUCCCAGGUUUUGAUCGGUGAAACCGAUGGUUUGAUCUCGAGUCACUAAGCCUCAUGAUGUACCAUAGAUCAAUACAAUAAAAUUUGAACUAAUCUAGCCAACACGAAUAGAUGUCAUUGUAAAUACAAAAAAAAAAAUGAAACCAAAAUGAGAUGGUCAAUGCCAUUACAAUCGUUUUAAUCAAUGUUAAAUAUGUCUCAAUCUUGUAAUGAAAUCAGCAUUUGCAGCUUUCCCCCUCAGUUACUCCUCCAAAUCAGCG